AUGUUUACUGUGAGACAAGCACAACCUCUUGAUUAUAAUAAUAUUGUUAAACUCCGAUUUGAAAGUUUUAUAUCAUGUCAUGAUAAAGAUUAUGAACGAAUGAUUAAAAGUUCACCCGUUUGUUAUGUUGCGACGACCGAUGAUAAUAAAGUGAUUGGAGUAUGUCUGUGUAAACAAUCACACAAUUAUCAAUUUGGUAACAUCGGCAUUAUAGAAACCCUUUGUGUCCACCGGAAGUAUAGAAAUAUUGGUGUUGGUACACAACUGAUAAAAGAGACUGAGAACGCUUUAAUUGAAAAUUACGGAUGCACAGGGGUGAUUCUUCAAGUGCGAAUAACUAAUAAAGCAGCAAGGCAUCUGUAUGAGAAAACAUUUGGUUUUGUACAACAACAAAUACUUGAAGGGUAUUAUGGUAAUGAAGACGGACUUUUGAUGUAUCAAAAGUUUAAGAUAAGUCAGUUGGAGAACUCAGAUCUGACUUCAUUUCGAAUUGAGCAGUGGAAAGAAGAUGUUGCAUUUGCUUAA